UCAUCAUCUCCUGCAACAGCUAUCACACCUCUUUAUUUCCUCUGCUCUUUCAGCCAUGAAAACGAGCUCGAAGCCUCCAUCGAAGCACCUCUGAAAACCCCGUCAAGCUCUCGCCUUUUCGCAGAACCAGAAGAAACCCACCUCCAUCCGUCCCGGUAACUGAGGAAGGAAGCUAGCAGCAAGGGCGGUAGGGCGGCCCCAAGCCAUGGUUUCCCUCGAGGACUCCCGCUCCAAUUCCACCCGCUUCCCCCUCCCCCGCGACUUCUCCCCCUCCUCCUCCAAAAUCCACCGCCGCGCCGGCCGCUCCAUGCGCACCGUCCGCUCCAACCUCUACCAGGACGACAGCGCCUGCUCCUUCUCCGCCGGCGCCGACCACCGGCCCGAGUUCGUCUCCGAGAACCUGACCGACUCCGUCGUCGACAUGCGCCUCGGCGAGCUCGCGGCCCGCUACAGCAACGCCGCCGCCGCCGCAGCCGCCGCCAGGGGGGCGAAGCCGGGCGCGUCGGAGGAGGAGCAGCUGGAGCUGUCCCAGGCCUUCAGCGACUUCUCCUCGUUCAGCAGCGACAUCUCCGGGGAGCUGCAGCGGCUCGCGAGCCUGCCGGCGGCGGAGGACGGCGGCCGCGGGGACGGCGGGCGGGCGGAGGCGGAUCCGAACCCGGAGGACUUCUCGCCGUGCCUGGGGUUCCUGCAGAGGGAGAACUUCUCGACGGAGAUCAUCGAGAGCAUCUCGCCGGAGGAUCUCCAGCCGACGGUCAAGAUCUGCGUGGACGGGUUGCAGUCUGUUUCGCUGGCCGUGAAGCGUUCAGCUGCUGCUAAACUCAGGUUGCUCGCGAAGAAUCGGGCCGACAAUCGCGUUCUGAUCGGGGAAUCCGGCGCGAUUCCGGCGCUCAUACCUCUGCUCCGCUCCACCGAUCCGUGGACUCAAGAGCACGCCGUCACCGCAUUGCUCAACCUCUCCCUGCACGAGCAGAACAAGGUCCUGAUCACCAGCUCCGGCGCGAUAAAGUCGCUGGUCUACGUGCUCAAGACCGGUACCGAGACCUCGAAGCAGAACGCGGCGUGCGCAUUGCUCAGCCUCGCAUUGGUCGAGGAGAACAAGACCUCCAUCGGCGCCUGCGGCGCGAUACCGCCGCUGGUGUCGCUGCUCCUGAACGGAUCCAACAGAGGGAAGAAGGACGCGCUGACGACCCUGUACAAGCUGUGCACCAUCAAGGUGAACAAGGAGAGGGCGGUGAGCGCCGGGGCGGUGCGGCCGCUGGUGCUGAUGGUGGGGGAGCAGGGGACCGGGAUGGCGGAGAAGGCGAUGGUGGUGCUGAGUAGCCUGGCCGGGAUCGAGGAAGGGAAGGAGGCGAUCGUGGAGGAGAGCGGGAUGGCGGCGCUGGUCGAAGUGAUCGAGGACGGGUCGGUGAAGGGGAAGGAAUUCGCGGUGAUGACGCUGCUGCAGAUGUGCAGCGACAGCGUCAGGAACAGAGGAUUGCUCGUGCGGGAAGGUGGCAUUCCUCCUCUCGUUGCUUUGUCUCAGACCGGCAGUGUCAAGGCCAAGCACAAGGCCGAGACGCUUCUUGGGUACUUGAGAGAACCGAGAGCGGAGGCUUCAUCUUCGACUCCCUGAAGGCUGUCGAUCGUCCUAGUUAGGAGAGGUAAAUUAUACAGAGGGUUCUUUGGUUGUUGUGAUGCUGUAAAUAGGGAGUGUUUUGGGGAUUUUGGAUUUUGUAUAGCCAUGGUUGAGGAGUUGCUGGAAUCUUUGUAGAAGGGAAGAUCAUCAUUAGUUAGGAAGGAGAAGCGUUUAAGCUAAGCUAAAGCCUAGACUGAGCACGAGACUGACUGCUAGAUUAUAUUUUGUUCUUUGGUGACCAGGUAUUAUUAUUGGUGGGUUUUGGGGGUGGAACACAAUGUUUUUGUCUUUGUGGAUUUUGGGUGUUUGUAAAGAGGGAUGAUAUAUCUCGUCUUGGGUCGUUUUCCUCGUGUUUUGAUUUUGGGGGGUGGGCUGGUCCUGGGGGAUGACUUUGUACUUUGUCAAAACGCAUAAUGCCACUCGCCUUCUUGAUUAGCGAAGGAGAAUUGGUGAUAUCCCCUCUUUGGCUU